CAGCUCCAGUGCGAGCGCGACUCAAAACGAUGGGCCGCCUGGAUCAACAGCCGCCUGCGCAAGGCUAUUAAGCGCGGCGACCUCGCACCCUUGGAAGGAGCAGACUUCGCGGAGCGACUGCGGAGCGGCGUCGUCUUGUGGCGGCUGCUCGGCACGUGCGCCGACGAUUUGCCGCAGACGCCGCGCGGGCUCCGCCUGACGCGGCCGCUGUCGCGGAUCGAGUGUUUGGACAACUUGGCGUUUGUGUUCAAGGCACUCGACAGGAUAGGAGUGGACCACACGGGCAUCGGGCCGCUCGACGUCGCCGACGCUAGGUUGGAGCUAGUACUGGGUUUAGUGUGGAGCCUGAUGGCCCACGUCGCUUCGAGAGAACGGGACAACGUCUUCAAGUGGGCCGCCAUCACGCACGCGAAGGCUGAUGUCGUUGUACCACAUACAAUAAGGAAGAUCGACGCGGCCGCGUCCGACGCCUUACCGGCUUCAAAUGAUGCAAGACGGGACCUCGCGGACGCACUCACGUACGCGGAGCGACGCUUCGGCGUGGCGCCCCUCUUCGACGCCGACGAGCCCUCUGUGGAUGAGCGGUGCGUCGUGGCCUACCUCGCGGAAUUGAGAAGGAAGGUCAUCGACCCCUCGCCGCCGCCCUCUCCCAUUAAACAACGGGAGGCGCCCUGGCUCGCGACCUUAAAGGCGUGGCGCGACCGCGCAGCAUCAAAGACAAACGGCGAGGGCCGCGCCUGGGCGGCAGCUUUACAUGACGCGCUCGACUUGUGCGACGCCCCUCCUUCCAAAGCUUGGGACGCGUUAAGGGCGGACGCCGACACAUUAUCGAGGCGAAGCGCGGCGGAGGAUGAUAGUGAGGCGGCCGCGCUCGCCGCCGGGAAAGCGAUGGGCGCGGCCGAGGGCCGCGCCGAGGCACGAGCGGCACAAGCUGUCUCCAGAGCCAUCGAGGGCAAGGAGGCCGCCGCGGCGCGCAUGAACGUGCAGGCGCGCGCGGCGCUCAAGGCCGCGACAAAAGCGGACGCCGCGGCGGCGGCUGUUGUCGCCGAGGCCGCGGCGAGGCUACAAGACGUCGAAGAGAAGCGCCGCGCGGCCUUCGAGGAGGGGUGCCGGACGGCCCUGAAAGAUGCCGCCGCCACGAACGCUUCGACAAUAGUCGACGCGGACGCCACGCUCGCCGCGGCGACGGCGGCGACGGCGCACGCUGUCGCAAAGGCGCGACAAGACGCCGACGCCCAGCACGCGGCGGCCAAGCGCAGCGCCAUCGAAGAGCAGGUCAAGCGCCUCGGCGAGCGCCACGGUCAUGCGAUUAGAGCCCUGCAGGAGCACGCCGAGGCCGCCAUCGUCGAAGCUCAAGCCGCGGCGAAGACUGAAACCGUCAUCGAGGCGCAGAUUGACAAUCUACAAGCGGCCUUCGACCCGGAGACGGCCUUCCAAGCAUUGAGUGCGACGCUCGAGUUCGUCAGGGGCCACGCCGUGUCGCUGCAUAGACGGGACGCGGGCAAACUUAUUAGAGCGGUCGACGCGGCCUACGACCGGGAUCAGAGACUAGCGCUCGUCAAGAAGGCGCAUUUAAAAAUCAAGGAGGUCGUGGUCCGGUUGACGCGGACGGAAUUUCAGAGAGAGGCGCGGUGGACGCCGCGGCCCUCCGACGACGAGCUUGCGCGUUUGAUCGAGCCCCACGAGCGAGCUCUAUUAUUAUCACAUCUGCGGAAUUUUGUGGUGGCCUUUGAUAACAUGCCGGCGGCGGAGCGGCAGACGCUGUCGACGAUGCGCGAGGUCGUCGUGAAUUUAGAUUGGCUCUGCGCGCUGGCGAAGCUGGGCGUCGCAAGCGACCGGCGGCGGCGCUCGUCGCAAGGGUCGCCGUCCGCGGCUCCUCCCGACGCUUCUCCUCGGCGGCGUGCCGAUUGGGCUGCGACGCCGCCGCGGCCGCCGAUGCCCCUGGCGCUGUCGGCGGACGAGCGGUAAGUUUCUGUUUGUUGUUGUUCUUUUUCUUCGGUGCUUUGCGAUUUGUGGUGCUCCCGUCGCGUUCGUCCGCGAGUGUCGGAGGUGUCUUGCGAUCGCUCGGAGGCGUCGAGGACGGUUCCAUGGACGGGUCUUGUGUUUGCCUUGCGUCCUUUCGUGGGCCGCCUUGCGCAUAACUUGCCUGAGGAGAGCGCUCUAUGGGGCUUUUGUUGUCUCGUAAGCGCGACGUCAUCGACGAGAGUACUUGCUUGGCGUUUCAAAUAGCCUUCAUAAACGUGACAAGUCGACUUCGCAAGCAAUCGUUGAUAACGCUUACUCUACAAAUAGUUACACAGAGCACUGUCAUCUCCCCGGCGGGACCGUCGCCGACCAACGGCCCACGUUCCGCCCCCCUCAGUUUUGCGCUUUUGGAUGUAAGUGCUAUGUUAAUAAUAUGAGUGCACCAUGCACCAGCCCGACUCGCGGCGAUGGCGUGCUGAUUUAUGACUCCGAGAUUCGCGGACGGGCCACGGACGCGAGCAGCCAAGGGGCCCUACUCACGACGAAGCGCCACCAGAGGCCUCCAGCUCCCCGUAAAGAAGCUCCCCCGACGCGUGCGUGGCGUUUGGACGAAAAACCUCGGGUCAGGCCGGUUGCUUCAGGCCAAAGACUUCACCCAGCCAUCGCUGUCAAAACAGCUCGAUUUAGGCACCGCGCAGCGUACCACCGACAGACACACUUCGCCAUCUUGCCGUCUGACACGGGGCCUUGGCCGCUGCCAGAUUGUUUCGCAGCGCUGCGCCCCUCCGCGCGCGCAAACACAAAAGCAACCACACUCGCUGAAGAGUUGCCGCAGCGAUGCAACGCCGCGCGCGCGCGCCCCACACAUCGCCCGCGCGCGCUGCGGCAACGCCGCGGCGCGCGCUGCGGCAAGCAAAAGCGCGUAAACCCACAACUUCACCACGAGCGCUUCAACCGACUCACACGACAAAACCGCGCAGGCCCUCUUCCGCACGAAGCAGGGCAACCACGUCCAAGCUGAGACGAUAGCACCACAUCCUACACCGCGCGCGGGAGUACCACGGUACUCUCUGAGAAGCAGCGCCAAGACCCGGACCACGGUAAUUCGUGCGGCGGGGAGCGUGUAGUUUAUCAACAACGAUGAUUCAUCGUUUGUUACAAGAGGAGCGGCCCUACGACAUCCCCGUCGAUGCGGCCUAUGGCGUGCUGUUCGGCGUGCUCGGAGCGACGUUCCUCCUCACGGUCGCCGGUUUGUUCAUGAAGAAGGGUUCUGGACUAGCAGGUGUCCUGCGGCCGACCGACGACUUCCUGUCGGCGCGGAACCGCUACAAGUGGCCUACUUUGGCUUUGUCGUUCUUCGCGUCGGGCAUGGGCGCGUGGGUCAUCUACGGCUCUCCGGAAAUGGGCGCGAUUCGCACUACCAGCUGGUGGGGCGUCCUCGGCUACUCUUCCGCCUCGGCGGCGGGCGGCUGGGUGCUCAUGUGGCUCGGGCCCGUCGUGAAGCGCAAGGUUGGGGAAGACCAGGGGUUUUCGGCCGUCGACUUUGCGUUGAAGCGCUAUGGUCGACUCAUGCAGUUGCUCGUGAUGGGCGUCUCGACCUUCUACAUGUUCAUCUAUGUCGUGGCGGAACUGACGACGAUCGCGAACGUGUAUGCUACCUUUGUUGGUAAGAGUACGGUCGGGACCGACUCGGAGCAUUACACGACCAAGAUCAGUAGCAUAGUGGUCAUCUUCACCUGGGCUUACACGGCGCUAGCGGGUUUACCGGCGUCGAUCCUCACGGACAAGUUCCAGGGCGUGACCAUUUCUAUUUUCGUCAUCAUGCUCCUCAUUGCGACGACGACGCUCAAGUCGAACGAGGUACCGGCGCGGCGUCCCUAUUCAAUAUUUAUGGGAAGGGGGUGUAGCUCAGUGGCAGAGCGUCCGCUUUGCAUGCGGAAAGCCCAGGGUUCAAACCCCUGCUCCUCCAAAUCCCUUUAUACACAAAAAACAACUCCGUGGCGCAAUGGAUAGCGUAUCAGACUUCGAAUCUGGGGGUUGCGGGUUCGAGUCCCGUCGGAGUUGUUUUGUAUCAUCGCUGUGACUGAUCGCGCGGCGGCCGUUCAGUAUCCGUGGCCGAGUUGGUCUUUCGUCGUUUGACGAGCCAAAAAGGCGUUGGAUUUAAGCCCCAAUCUCUUCGGAGGCGUGGGUUCGAACCCCACCGGAUGCACAUGAACGCCGUCGACGCGAUACCGGACGGACUGGAAAUCUGAAGGCUACGGGUUCGACUCCCGUGUCGGUCUACCGCGGUUUGGACUUGUGAUAGUGUGGCCGAGUGGUUAAGGCGGUAGACUUGAAAUCUACUCCCGCAAGGGUCGCAGGAUCGAUUCUUUGACCAAGAUCGAUGCGCGUUCGAACCCUGUCACUAUCGCACACGUUGAUGAUGUGGCCGAGUGGUCUAAGCUCUUCUGAGCGACCAGAGGCGCUGGUUUUAGGCACCAGUCUUCGGGCGUGGGUUCGAACCCCACCAUCAUCACUUGAGUUCCAUUCCGCCCAUUUGUAUCCGUGGCCGAGUUGGUCUAAGGCGUUGGAUUUAAGCCCCAAUCUCUUCGGAGGCGUGGGUUCGAACCCCACCGGAUGCAUUUGGACCGAUUGGCGCAACGGCAGCGCGUCAGAUUCCAGUCCUGAAGGUUACGUGUUCGAAUCACGUAUCGGUCACACUUUAUCGUGUCGUAUCCGUGGCCGAGUUGGUCUAAGGCGUUGGAUUUAAGCCCCAAUCUCUUCGGAGGCGUGGGUUCGAACCCCACCGGAUGCACACGAACCGCGUGGCGCAAUGGAUAGCGCAUCAGACUUCUAAUCUGGGGGUUGCGGGUUCGAGUCCCGCCGUGGUUAGCUCGCUAGACCGGUACAUCUCCACACAGGUCUCGCAGAAGCAGUUAGACAACGCGUCGGGCUGGUUCUCGGAAGGCUUCGAAGCCUUGGUGACGCUCUGGAUCGCGAUCAUCUCCGCCGAGUUGUUUAAUCAAGGCGCGUGGCAGCGGGUUUUUGCCGCCAAGACCGACCGCGACAUGCGCAUCGGCUUCGGCGUGGGCGGCUUCAUGAUCUUCCUGCUCAUGCUGUUCUUUGGCAUCAUGGGCAUGAUCGCCUAUGCGAGAGAUCGGGAAAGUUACGAUAACUUCAUGAAGCUCGGGUACUUGUCGAUCUUUGAUUUGAUCCGCAAUUUGCCGCAGUUCUGGCAUUAUGUUACUCUCAUAUUGUUGACGACCUUAGCGGCGUCGUCCAUUGAUACGCUCCAGAACGCUUUGGCUUCGGUCCUGUCGCACGACUUGAUCAAGCACAAGCUCUCGCCGAACUGGUCUCGACUCGUCGUGAUUGCUUUGAAUAUCGGCGCGGUCAUCAUGGCUAAUAGACGCUACGAGGUCGUUCCCUUAUUCUUAGUUGCUGAUUUAGUAUGUGCGACGUGCGUCUUCCCCCUGUUCCUGGGGAUCAGGACCGAAGACUGGGAGAUUGGAUCCAUCAAAAUCCCGGCGCCGACGGAGCUAGGAGCCUUCUUAGGAGCCAUCAGCGCCAUGGUCGCCGUCAUUAUUAAUGGUGAAGUGAACAAUGUCAACAAGGCCAUCAACCCCUACACGGGCAAGGUCUACGACCGCUCGGCUCUCGCCUACUUCUGGCUCAUCCAGAACCCGACCGAGGAGUGCGCGUUGUGUGGUACGAAGACCAUGGUGACCUUUAUCAUCGUGCCCCUCGUUGGGUUGUUUUUUACGUUCUUCUGGUCUUGUCUAGAUGUGCUCGUCAGUGGCAAGUACGCGCGCAAGCCCUUCUGCUUCAUUCCCCGGUUGGAUGAUGUGGAUGAGGAGGUGCCCCUCGUCAAGGAUGAUGAAAAGAAGGACGAGCCGCUCGAGGCCUAGUGCCUCCCUUCGCGACGAAGGGACACUACCCACCUUUUGUCGUGUUGUUUCCCCUCCCCUCCCCCGGCGUCGACCCAACGGGGUCCGCUAACACGUUUACGUUUAUACAUUCA